CUCACCUCGACGCCUCAUUUUCGUCGGUCAAUUGCGCACGAAAUUGUCUGAACUAAUCUUUCCUCGAACAGGUUUUGAUCGCGAAUCUCUUUACUCGACAAUCUACGCGCAUAAAUAAUUGGUCUACUCUCGAUUCUUGGGACCUCAAUUGUUCAACAAGCUUCAGAGAACAGAAGCGACUGUGAACAGCUUAGAAAUUUUACCCUAUGGGCUGAGACCGACUCUUAAAUUAGUCCACCCUAAUAAUUACCCUCUAACAGCUUCUCUCAAUCCAGGCAAGGCCUUACCAUCACUCCACCCCUUCCAUUGAAGCGUACUCAAAAUUGUUAAAGCAGCUUAUGAGCUUUUUCUCGCCAUUAAAGCAGCUUCCAAGUUUGAAAAAUGGAACAGAGACUAGCUAAUACUUGGCACAUGUCUAUAAAUGAGAAGAAGUUUAUAGAGACUGCAUUGCUUUCAGAUCUUAGAGCUGAUGGAAGGUGCCCAUUUGACUACCGCAAAUUAACAAUUAAGUUCGGUAGGAAAGACGGAUCAACUGAGGUACAGCUUGGCCAGACUCAUGUCAUGAGCUUUGUCACUGCUCAGCUAGUUCAACCUUAUAGAGACAGGCCAAAUGAAGGAUCACUUAAUAUAUUCACAGAGUUUUCACCUAUGGCUGACCCGUCAUUUGAGGCUGGUCGCCCUGGAGAGUCAGCGAUAGAGUUGGGACGCAUAAUAGACCGUGGUCUGAGGGAGAGCAGGGCAGUUGAUACUGAAUCACUUUGUGUUCUAGCUGGCAAGUUAGUAUGGUCUGUCCGUCUCGAUCUUCACAUUCUUGAUAAUGGAGGAAAUCUUCUCGAUGCUGCAAAUGUUGCUGCUUUGGCAUCUCUGAUGACAUUUCGACGGCCUGUAUGUACUCUUGGAGGAGAAGAUGGUCAGGAAGUAGUUGUGCAUCCACCAGAGGUGCAGGAACCACUUCCAUUGAUAGUUCACCAUCUUCCUAUAGCUGUGACAUUUGGAUUUAUGACUGAAAACAUUUUGGUGGUAGAUCCUACUUAUUACGAAGAGGCUGUUAUGAAAGGAAAAUUGACAGCUACAAUUAAUGCAAGUGAAGAUGUUUGUGCCAUUCAAAAGGCUGGAGAAAUUGGCGUCGCCCCAAGUGUUGUUAUGCAAUGUUUGCGAAUUGCUGCUGCGAAAGCUGCUGAUAUGACCAGCAAGAUUGAAAAUGCGGUCAAAUUGUUCAACACUGAUCGAGAACAGCAAAGUGUGAAGCGCCUCUCUUCUGUGGCGUUACUGAAUAUUAGUACACCGAUUUCAAGUACUAUCAAUGACAACAGCCAUUCUAUUUGUGAACAAACCACUGUAUUACAGCAAAUGCGGAAGUCAGCAUGCCAAGAACGUUAUGCUAGUGAAAGAAAUGUUAUGAAAACUGAAGAACCUUCAUGUAGAAGAGAGGUAGAUGCAACUACUGAAGCUAAGAGGCUCAUGAAGGGUCCUUCUUGUUGGGAUCCCUUUUCCAGAGGUGUGGAUUCGAAACAUCUGAAAGCUUCUCUUGUGUCUUGUGGUAAACUAAUGGAGAAAAGGGAGAACGAACAAAUUGUUAAAGGCAAGUUAAUGGACUCGGACUCCGCUGAGAUACUAGAGCAAAGGAAUCCAAUAGCAUUUGCUACAAUAGCUACUGAUGUGAUAUCAAAUUCUCGUGAGAUUAAGACCCUACAAGAUGCUGUAAAACCAAAAUCCAAGAGAAAGAAGUUUUCUGCUUCGAAGAGUUCGAACUGAAAUUAGUUGCACUUGUUAGCAAGCUACUUUUCAAUUUAUUCUUUUACCCUUUUUUUUUCUAUUGAAUAUGAAUUUUAUACUCUUGUUAAUUAUGCGGAUAUGGAUACGAUCCAUAUUAGCAUGUUUGUUCAGACGCCUAUGGCUAAUUUUAAUAAUAAUGGAGCCUCAUUUUUCAAUC